GCCUGCCGAGAUACGCUCAGUCAGUUCGAUCCAUUGGAAACGGUCGCGAUCCUAUAUACAAUCAGUAUUCUUUUGUGUUCUUAAGUGUUCAAACCUAAAAUAAAAUAAACUAAUUCAAAAUGUGUGACGAUGAUGUUGCUGCUUUGGUCGUUGAUAACGGUUCCGGUAUGUGCAAAGCUGGCUUUGCCGGAGAUGAUGCACCACGUGCCGUCUUCCCAUCCAUUGUAGGCAGGCCCCGCCAUCAAGGUGUCAUGGUCGGUAUGGGUCAAAAGGACUCCUAUGUCGGUGAUGAGGCCCAAAGCAAAAGAGGUAUCCUCACCUUAAAAUACCCCAUUGAACACGGUAUCAUCACCAACUGGGAUGAUAUGGAAAAGAUCUGGCAUCACACCUUCUACAAUGAAUUGCGUGUUGCCCCCGAAGAACACCCAGUUCUGUUAACCGAAGCCCCCUUGAACCCAAAGGCCAAUCGUGAGAAGAUGACCCAAAUCAUGUUUGAAACCUUCAACUCUCCAGCCAUGUAUGUUGCCAUCCAAGCUGUUCUCUCCCUGUACGCUUCCGGUCGUACCACCGGUAUCGUGCUCGACUCUGGAGAUGGUGUCUCCCACACUGUCCCAAUCUAUGAGGGUUAUGCCUUGCCCCAUGCAAUCCUCCGUUUGGACUUGGCUGGUCGUGACUUGACCGAUUACUUGAUGAAGAUCCUCACCGAACGUGGUUACUCAUUCACCACCACAGCUGAACGUGAAAUUGUUCGUGACAUCAAGGAGAAAUUGUGCUAUGUUGCUUUGGACUUUGAACAAGAAAUGGCUACUGCUGCUGCUUCUACCUCUCUCGAGAAGUCCUAUGAACUUCCCGAUGGUCAAGUGAUCACCAUUGGUAACGAACGUUUCCGUUGCCCAGAGGCUCUCUUCCAACCCUCAUUCUUGGGUAUGGAAUCGUGCGGUAUUCACGAGACUGUCUACAACUCGAUCAUGAAGUGCGACGUUGACAUCAGGAAGGACUUGUAUGCCAACACUGUCAUGUCCGGCGGUACCACCAUGUACCCAGGUAUUGCUGAUCGUAUGCAAAAGGAAAUCACCGCCUUGGCUCCAUCGACCAUCAAGAUCAAGAUCAUUGCUCCACCAGAGAGGAAAUACUCCGUAUGGAUCGGUGGAUCUAUCCUUGCUUCGUUGUCAACCUUCCAACAGAUGUGGAUCUCGAAGGAGGAAUACGAUGAAUCUGGCCCAGGAAUUGUCCACCGCAAGUGCUUCUAAGUUGAUAAUAACAACAAAUGCCACCAAUACCCUUUUUGAG